AUGGCGUCGGGUCAGCGCCCGACCCCGGUGGGAUGGUAUGAGCCUCCUCUUUACGGCCGGACGCUCAGCAUCGCCAUCGCCUUUAUCUCCGGCUGCCUCAUCGCAUUCCUUCUAGCAAGCAAAGUGUUCGCGGUGAAAGACUGGCGGCUGCUGCCGUAUACCAUGUGGGUCGUCCUCGCGGUAUACUUAUUCAGCUUCAUCUUCGUCUUCGGAUCUACGGUGCUGCAGUUCGGGAUUGGGACGAAUUUCAACGAGCAAGCUUGCACGGCGGCAAUGGGAUUAUGUUUGUUCGCAUACGUGACGAGCAAGCAGGUCUUCAUAUACCUGUUUCUGGUUGACAGGGCGCAUAUCGUGCGUGGCUCAAAAAAGCCCCGUCUGAAGUCAAAACUUUACAUUUUCAACUCUUUUGGCAUGCUUGGGUGCUAUGUCGUUAUUACGAUUAUGAACUUUGUGUUGCAUAUUGCGGAGUUUGACAAGGGACAUUGUGUUAUUGGCCUACAAAAGCCCGUCAUCAUACCACUGAUUUCUUUUGAUGCGCUUGUCAACGUAUACCUAACUUUGUCCUUUCUCGUCCCACUGACAAGCUUGCCAACAAUCAAAUGGUCCGAGGUGUGGAAAACAGGCACAUUUGAGACGAUGUUGCAAAGCCUGCAGUUUCAGAGGACACCGGCCAAUGUCAGAUUGAGGAGGCUGGCGAAGAAGACGUUCAUCGGCUCUUGUUGUACACUGGUCAGCAGCAUCACGAACUUGACCGUAUUAAUGGCUCUCAACGGGGAAGAGUCUUGGCUGUGCCUGAUGUGCUGCAACAGCGACAUCCUAUUUUCUGCAAUCGUAAUGCACUGGCUCACUUCGAACGAGCACACGGCAACCAAAAAGCCCGCAAACGCAAACGCCUACGUGAGGCGCUCGCAACAGUCCGGCCCGUCGAGAUCAGCGACGGACGACACGGCGGUGGUGCAACAGCCUUUGAUGGUGGCGACUCCUACGAAACUCGGGCCAUCAGUCGGGGACAGUGGGUUCUCGGCUGACCCAGAGAGUAACCGCAGCCACCCCGGUUGA